AUGGAAGAGCCUCUAGAAAUUCCCAUAAUGAAUGAUCUCACUAUGGUUUUAGGUGAUAUUGUUGAUUUUACAGAGCCUUCAGCAGUUUAUGGCAACGUGAAACAGGCAACAGCAUUUGAUCUGAAAAGUGUGGUUUAUGUACAUCGAAUUAAGCUUGACACAAUAAAAGGAUUGUCUGCAUUUUGCGAGAAAGCCAGAAUGCAAGCUGCCAUUUCAGCUUCCUUCCACUACAACAAUGUAGAAAUUGUCGAAUCAGGAGCACUUGCAACAGAUCUUCCCUCACCAGAUGUCGUCCAGAUUGCCAACAACCUCUCAAACCUUGGUCAGAUUAACAACAAAGAAGACAUUUCAACAGAUGUUUUGCCAAGGGAUCAAGUCCUAGGUGAAGAUGGGGUGCGUGUUCAUAGCAUGGUCCUUCCUGGUCUUCCAUCUAGUACAACAGGUCUUCCAUCUAGUACAACAGUUUACUUCUCUGGCCCACAAAAGCAUCUGGUGUAUGGCCUGAAGAAAUUUCUGUAG